ACCGAGUCUAAUUUCCAAUUCACCCACACCCAUCCAUCCACACAAACAGGUGAAACAAGAAGCCACUGACAUUUACCCCACUAAAAAAAAAAUAGCUCGCAGUAUCUCUCCUCCCUCGUCCGCCGUCUACGCAUCGACAUCGCCCCACUAAAACGCGACCCCUUCCAAGAUGAAAUACAAGAAUUCAACUGGGGCCACCCACUCCUCAAGGAUGAGCCUCCAGUCUUAACAGCGCGCACGGCACUACUAGGCUUGAUCCCGAAUCUAACCUCCCUUGAAUCCGUCGAGUGCUACGACUUGUCUGGAGAAGCAUACUCUUCGCAACUAUCUGCAUCGCGCUCACUCAUGCGUUGUCUGUUCAAGCACUGCCCCAAGCUGAAGAGGUUGACCAGGACAGAUUGGUGGAGUGAUUUGGGGUGUGGGUACGAAGCGCGGGGGUGGACUACUAAUCUUGUGAACUUGACGAUUUCCGUGCCGGAGAGCUAUUUUGCCGUGGACGGGCUGGUGGGGGUUGAGGAUGUGGCAUGCCGGGAGCUCAGGGCGUUGUUAAAGGCGUCUCCGCUGCUGAGGUACCUGGAUUUUUACAGAGGGAGGAUUAGCAUGGGUAUUAUAUUCGCAGGGAGUAAGCGUUCGCACUCCUGUAGCAGCUCUUCAACCUCGACUCCAUGCCUUUCCCCCUCCUCCUCUUCCUCCAUCACUUCGACCUCCACUACCGGCGCGAACGGCGACGUUUCCCCCCUCGUCCUACCAAACCUUAGAACCCUCGUCCUCUGGGCCACCUUUGUCGAGGAAAAACCCCAGGAAUUGGUCUCCGACUACCUUUCCACAUCUGCCGGCUUCUUCCCGUCCCUAGCCGGCCUGGAAUUAGUAACCGUGAGGUGCUCGAAGGAGGGAUCCUACCUGUCCGACCAAGUGAAACCGCAAGACCUAUUCGAGGUGAUUGCUACGCUCAGGGACGUGGAGGUUAAGAGCAUCACCGAAACGCAGAUUUACGACUUCACGAAGCCGCUGCCGUCGACAGAGGAGUUACAUUCCAGGAUGAUGAUGGAGAAGCACGGGAGGCAGGAUGAUAGGAAGUCGAGGUUUCGGGAGUGGUAGUGGUGUUUAGGACACUCCCCCUUCCCCUCUCUCUGGGGGAGAUUACAAUACUUGGAGUUGGAAAUACGGAGGAUAGACCGCAAAAAGUCCUCUGCUGGGUUUACGCUUUACGAGACAGGAAUUUCCCACGACAUUCCUUCCCCCAUCUCUUCCAAUCCUCUCUCUAUCUCUCCCUCUAUAUCUAUCCAGGGAUUUCGUGAACCUUAUCCCCAUAUUUAUCCCUUCCACCUUUUUCCUCUUUUCUCCUCGCAAAGCACAUUAAUGAUCCGCCAAUCCCUCUCUUGUCCUAAGCGUAGUCUUCCAAUCUUGCCACAGAUACGUUUCAACUGCCAACGAGAUGAGACCGCUGAUGAUCCACCCCAUAGUUAACUAUAGUAGGACUGUUAGUUUUUUCUUUUCUUUCCUUCUUCCGGGAUAUACUCUUUUGGGUGGGGUGUUCGAGAGGAAAGGAGAGAGGGGAACUACUCACUGGGUCCAUUGUUGAAGAUUUGCUUCCAGGUGAUUGUUGAUCGGUUGCUGGUUGCUGCUGGUUGACGUAGUCUUCUUUUCUUUCUCCCUUUCUUCCAAUUGGAAUAGAUGGAGGUUUUUGGAGUGUGGUGGGGGACAAAAACACGAUAUAAAGGGUUGUGUGGGAUUGAUGGAUAGGUGGAUGAGUCGGUUGUGCAAUGGAGGGAGGGGGGUGGGGGGACUGCCUUUUUCGCCCCUUUUCGUUCAUUGAUGCGAGGUUUACGACGUGAUGAUGGUGGUAUGAAGUGUAAGAUAACGUGGUAUUCACGGGUUGGGAAUGGAUCCAUGGGAAUGGUGGGGGGAGGAGAGUGAUUUUACGUGACCGAAAUUUACUUAAAGUAUCAUACGAACGGCGGCGGAAGAGAUCGACACCCCCCUUGGGUUUCCGUACAAAGUGCA